AUGGGAACAGAAGUAUUGAGGCCACAAAAUUGUUUGAGAGAACCUCAGGCAGCGAUGGUGUUUCAUCGCCGGAAAACCGGAAAUGGGUAUUAUAACAACUAUGGCUACCGGAAACCGGUGGUCAGAACGGAGAAGAAGAAAUUGAACAACAAGAGUCAGAACCAGAAUAAAGCCGAGCCGUUGAUUUCGAGGAGAUCGUCGGCCGACGGUGGAAACGUGACGAUUUUAAGAAGGGGCGAUUCGUUGGAUUCCCUCAACCCGAAGAUCGGGACGGAUAAGAAGAAACCUGAGUUCACGGUUUACGGAACCGGAAGAUUGGGUCCAGAGGCGCCGAAGCAAAUUCGGGUUGGGUUUUCUCCUGCCGACAUGUACGCCGGAUCAGCAGCGUUCUCGAAUUCGCCGUCGCCGAGAUCACUUCCUUUACCUUCUUUUUUCAACAGCAAAAAGCAAGUAGAGUUCAAGUCGUUUGAUGAUUCUGCCACCAGAGAUUUAAGGCGGUUGCUCCGACUUGAGUAG